AUGUCUUAUUCAAUACCAAAAAUGAAACCGAAGCCUGCUCUGAGGGUGAAAAUUAUCAGCAUGGGAAAUGCAGAAGUUGGAAAGAGUUGUAUCAUAAAACGCUAUUGUGAGAAACGAUUUGUCAACAAGUACCUGGCCACAAUUGGCAUUGACUAUGGAGUCAACAAAGUGACUUUGAAGGCCAGGGAUGUGAAGGUCAACAUAUUCGACAUGGCCGGCCAUCAUUUGUUUUAUGAGGUGCGGAAUGAAUUUUAUAAAAACACACAAGGUGCCAUCCUAGUCUACGAUGUCAGCGACAGAGGAAGCUUCGAGGCUCUAGAUUACUGGGUCCAGGAAAUGUCCAGUGAAAUCGCUAACAAGUCUGAAGUCGACAGCAUUGUUGUUUGUGUCUGUGGCAACAAGACAGAUUUACGGCGUCGAGUUGAGGAAACGGAAGGACGGCUGUGGGCUGAAGCUCACGGAUUCUAUUUCUUUGAGAUGUCAGCACUCACUGGAGAGGGAGUCAACGAAAUGUUUCAGGUUUUAUUUGAAGGCAUUGUCAAAACCUGUGAUAAUGGUGGCAGAAGAGAGCCAAUCACUACCCAGCUGGGUUAUUCCAAAGAACAGAUUGAAGCCAUUCAGAGACUGAAAAAUGCCAGAAAUGAUUAUGAAAGACUUGGUCUGAUGCCUGGAGCAUCCAAGGAUGAUGUCAACAAAGCUUACAGAAGACUUGCAGUCUUGCUGCAUCCGGACAAAAGUGUGGCCCCAGGAAGCGAAGAUGCCUUUAAACUUCUAGUGUUGGCCAGGACCUCCUUGCUAAAACGCUGUUGA